AUGGCCUGGAGAAGUAGUGGCUCGACCAACGACGAAAUGGUGAACAAUCUGAAGCGAUUUGGACUGAUUUCAUCCAUCGCAGUGGAAAAUGCUUUCCGGAAUGUUGAUCGAAGUUUGUUUGUCCCAGAGAGCGACAAGCAACGAGCAUAUUCUGACCAACCUCUCAAGGAUGGGAAUGUUCACUUGUCCGCUCCACAUAUUUACUGCAGUGUAUUAGAAGCCUUGGAGUUGGAAGCAGACACAUCAGGAAGCUUUCUGAACGCUGGGUCUGGCAGCGGGUACUUGACAUGCCUCGCAGCUUCUAUUAUGGGACCGAGAUCUAGCUACUACUGCGUUGAAAUUCAUGAAGAUGUCAUCCAACACAGUACUCGAGCAAUGGAAUGCUGGAAAGAGAGACACCAAUCUGCAAUGGCAAUUUCUGACAUUGAAAUCAUCCAUGGUAAUGCUCUUGAAAUAGAUGCAGAAGAGGGAGAAGCUGUUCUUGGAUUUGAUCGUAUCUAUAUUGGUGCCGCUAUUGAAACGGAAGACCUACAUAAAUUCCAGAAACUACUCAAACCAGGCGGAAUCCUAGUUGGCCCUGUGGAAGACGAACUUCUAAAAGUUGUUCGAAAUCACACUUCUGGCCAUAACAUUGACAAUGAGUUCUCACAAUAUGUUAUCUCUGGAGUACGCUUUGCCCCAUUGAUUGCAUACCCGAGCAUUGAAACAGUCAUCGCAGCACGGGUAUGGAAUCCAUCCAUUCACAACCAGUUUCCCGACAGCUUUCGCAGUUCUUGCAAGGAGUUGCUAUUAUGCUCCAAUGCAGACUUUGAACAACCAAUCACGCCGCAACCGACACGACAGCUCAAUGUUGCAUCCAUGUUGCCAAAGGCCAUAUGGAUGGAAGUCAUGUCCUACACACAUCGUGAUUGGUUCAAGACACCAGAGUCAGAAGUGGAAGUUCUUCGUCGUCAGCUGAAGGAAGAACGAGAAAACGCUGAAAAGGCGAACAGAGCUCGACUAGAAGCAGAAGCCAGGUAUCACACCGCCCAAAGGGAACGAGAUGUCUAUCAGCUUUUGGCAAGAAGAUGGAAGUCUCGUCUGCAUGUUCAGCUGGGUGAGGACGUUAAUGAUAAUCUGGAAGAUGCCGCCAUAUCCAUGCUAUUUGGAGCGUCAGAUAACGUCUCCAUAUUUCGUUUGCUUCGCCGUGUUCAAGAUCAAAUGGAAGAUACGGACUCGGAAGAGGAGGAAGAUGAGAGUGAAGACGACCGCGACCAAUCAGAAGCCGAAGAUGGCGUUGCAAUGGAUGAAGAUGGUGCUUCAUCAAGUACCGGUAGUCUCAUUGCAAGUGAACCAGCGCCGGUACAACUAGUAUCUCCUUCGAGAAGGCAGAAAAUGUUGGGCGAAUCAGAGCGAACCGUGACUACAGUAUCCUCAUCAUCAAUUUCAGAAGAUGACAUUUGA